GCAUCGAAUCGCCAGUUCCCAACUACACGUGCCCAACCCAAUACCCAAAGCAAUUGCGCAACUUAAACCUCUUCAACACAAGAAACAAAAUUAAGGCAAAAGAAAUAUUGUGCUAGCGAUAAUACCCUUUUUAUUUUUAUUUUUAUCGAGCUUCGGCUAUUCGUCGCUGGCGUCUUCUCUCUCGAUACUCACUGGCGAAUCGCGAUAGCGCCACCCCACAUUCUGGCUCGCGACAUCUUCGCGACACCAAUUUUGGUCCUUGUCCUUUCUGUAGGAUGAUGGAAUACGCGCAAUAUCCACAACAGCAACACAGUUCUCACGCCGGUUACGCGAAUUCUGCCGCAGGUGCAAGCAUCACGUCGCCCACAAGCCACGGUAUCAACCAACACGCCGUGCAAACCUCCCCCAUCAUCACAUCGCAACAACACCAGCCUGGUCAGGCUCCAGCGCACGCAAUGUACGGACCACAGUACGGCGUGCCUCAACCGAGCAUGCAGACGGUCCCCUAUGGCAUGCCCGGGGGGAUCCAAGCCGCGGCAAUGGCUGCCACAGCUGCGGCAACCGGCUCCAACUACACCUACAUGCACUCGGAUCCGAGCAUGCCUCAUACCUCCCCGCGACUGCCCAAUGCUAAGAAAGAUGGCCGGCCAUCUCCUCGGAUGAACAGCAUUUCUCAGAUCCCCGGGCGCCGUAUGAGUCAAGUUACUAGCCCUGGAGUGCCGAGCGCCCAGGGCUUGAUGAACCACGGCGGACCCCGCCCCCCGCCCAUGCCUCCUGCCCCUGCCAUGCAGCAUCCACAGUCACCCGAGAUGCCUGCCGGUGCUGUCGAAGAAUCGCCCUUAUAUGUCAAUGCGAAGCAGUUUCAUCGAAUCCUCAAACGACGCGUUGCUCGUCAGCGCCUAGAAGAGCAAUUGAGGUUGACCUCGAAGGGGCGUAAGCCGUAUCUUCACGAGUCCAGGCAUAACCAUGCAAUGCGCCGACCUCGUGGACCUGGCGGUCGAUUCUUGACAGCGGAGGAGGUGGCGGCCAUGGAAUCCAAGGAAUCGACAAAGGGCGACGGCGAGGGUAGCGAUGACGCCUCACCGGUGAAGCCCUUGGAGGUUGCCAACGCAAAGCGUAAAUCCGAAUCUGGACCUUCGACUUCAAGCAAGAAGCCCAAGACAGCAACCGAUAGUGUCGAAGGGAAUCAGGAAAACGACAGUUAAUAACUGAUCUUGAUUUUGCUGCUUCUCAUUCACUUUCUUUAUGGGUAUCCACUCAUAACUCUUUUUCAACAGUGCAGAUUGGGCAAUCUUUCCUAAAUUUUUUUCUACUAUAAUGAAGUCAUGAAGACAGUGACUUUGAAGGCGAUGU